GAAGUACCAUUACAAAACCAAAUGACACAUAAAAGUAUGGCAAAACCAACUGUAUCCCAUCAUUCCCAUAAUAUAAGUGCUUCAGAACAAUUUAGAAGUGUGUCUUAUGAACUUCAUAUAUCUAUAUCAUCUUGUUUGAUUAAAGUGUCUAUGAAACUUAAUGCUAUGGGUCUGAUAUCACAGAGUCUAAAUGAUGAUAUGAUUGAUGAAAACAAAAGCCCUUCAGUAAAAGCUGCCAAAUUGGUAUCUGAAUUGCAAAAAACUCUUAAUGCCCAUCCUAAUCCCAAAGCAUAUCUUAAUAAAGUGUGCACAGCAUUGAAAGGUAUUGGAGAGAAACAAAUAACUGAUGCAGUGAACAAAAUGGGUAUCAUAGAUUUCACAUGUAGAUAUGACAAAUUAUCUCCUGUUCUUGAAUCAGAACAUGAUCAUCAUUACAAGGGAGUAUAUUGUAAGCUCUGUGAUGAUUACCACCUGAAACCUGAAGACAUUCAGCAAAAAGUAUCAAACAACAAAUCUCCACCAAAUAUGGUUGAUCUUAUCAACUUGGUUGCAGCAAAGAUUCAAGACAAAGUUUUAUGAAUUUGGAACAGCACUUCAUUUGGAUGAUAGUUUUUUAAAGAGUCUCUAUGAUACUUAUCAUAAUCCCAUGGAUAGAUUCAUUGCUGUUUUUAAUAGGUGGGAGGACAAUGAUCCUGACACAUACACAUGGGCUACUGUCAUUAAGGUACUUCAGUCUGAUGCUAUUGGAGCUCAUGCAGUGGCUCAAGAUGUCAUGAAGCAUCUUACCACUAAUGCAGAGGCAGCAGAGCAUGCUUCCAACUAAUUGUAAUUGUGUGAUGUGUGCCAUUUAUUAUGUUUUACAAAGUUUAUGCCUACUUUAUUUUUACCACUUGUACAUGAUUUUCUAGAACUUUUGUUUUUACUAUUGAUGCUGUUAUUGUUAUUUUAUAUUUUUUUGCUGUGACUGUUUUUAUAUUCUUAGUAUACUGAAUUGACUUUUGAUGAUUGUAGAACUUCA